AUGAAGAUCCUUGUCGUAGGAGGAACCGGCAUGAUCGGCGGCCACGCCGCCCUCCACCUCCGUUCCAAAGGUCACCAAGUCACCAUUAGCGGCCGCCGAGCACCUACGGAAGUUCCCGCGCUCCUUGAGCUCCCAUUACUCCAAGGAAACUACCUCCGCGGUGACAUUACUGCGGAACAGCUUGCCCUUUUCGAAGCCGUGGUGUUCGCGGCCGGGAGCGACGUCAGGCAUGUACCGGAAGGCCAGGGGGCCGACGAACACUACCUGCAAGCGAAUGUCGAGGCUGUCCCGGCGUUCGCGCGCCUGUCUCGGGAAGCAGGCGUCAGGGUGUUUGUGCACAUCGGGAGCGCCUACUCUCACAUCGUGCCCGAAGCGGUACAUGCGAGUCCCUACGUUCGCUCCCGCAAGCUAGCGGCCGACGGGGUCGCUGCACUUGCCACGCGCGACUUCCGUGCCUGCAGCUUGGAUCCUCCGAUAGUCGUUGGCACGGCCCCUGGCAUGAAGACACCAAUGUUCGAAGCCUAUAUACAGUACGCGGAGGGAAACCUACCCAUCCCUUCUUUUGCACCCGCCGGGGGGCUCAACUUUAUUUCGACGCAGUCUCUCUCCGAAGCCAUCGCUGGGGCGAUUGAGAGCAGUGAGGCUGUGUCUGGGAGAUCGAUUCUGGUCGGCGAUGAGAACCUGACGUACGCAGAGUAUUUCGAGAUGUUCUUCCACGCCAUUGGAAACCCGCAGAAACUGCCGGUUCUGGAUAAGGACCACCCGCUGCUGCCCCGGGCGAUACUUUAUGCGGGGGACGGGGUUGUCACGUAUGAGCCUGAUGCUGCAGAUGUGGCAGCUUUAGGAGGGUAUCGGCGGAACGACAUUAAAAAUGCUAUUAGUGACGUUGUAUCCCAGCAUCGUCAACGCGAAUAA